UAUCGUAAUUAAGGCGUAAAUAAUUGCGUUGUAAAAUGAUUACUCAAAUUGUAGCAUUUUGAUAUAGACAACUUCUGAUGCACCAAAGUUACGAAUCCAACCUAGAAACAUUGACAAACUGCCUUUGACUUUGACUGCCUUGAGAGGUUCGCAAAAAGUUGUAACAAUAAAUUUAUCAUAAUGUCAAAGUGAAAAGCAUUUCGAUCCAACUUUAAAAACCACCCUUAAAUUAUAAAAAAUUCCAAUUCAAACGUUACAAUGUCUCUUGAACAGACUGCUUGCGAAGACUUAAAGGCAUUUGAGCGUCGAUUAACAGAAGUUAUAGCCUGCCUGCAACCGUCAACAGUACGCUGGAGGAUUUUGUUAUUAGGUGUCUCAAUAUGUGUUGCAACUGGUGCUUCACAAUGGCUAAUGGAUCCAAUAACAAGAAUUGUGCCACUAUCACAGUCACUCUCUAACCAUCCCUUCUUUAUUCUAGCCACUGCAGUAUUGAUCAUCAUUUUUCUACUUGGUGUGCAUAGGCGUGUUGUGGCCUCCAGUAUAAUUGCGGCACGGGCGCGUGAAGUUCUUUGUGACUUUAACAUGUCUUGUGAUGACACUGGCAAGUUGAUACUGAAGCAGAGACCUACCAAUUUAACAUAACAACGUGCAUGAGCACAGUCUAUUAAAAAUACUUAAUUUAAAGCAGUUUUUUAAUUGUAUCUAUGAACAUCUAUGUAAAAUUAUAAUAUAUAUAAAUUUUACGUGAAUCUAAAUGAAAUUAUAUACAUAUUAAUUCUA